GUGUGUGUGUCAUUGUUAUAUUGAUAUAAACCUACCCUGCUGUGUAUAAAAGGCAACAACAUGAUUCAUCUGCUUUAACUUCAGCCAGGUUAGUGUGCCAAAUAGUUCCAGCUCACCAACAGUUAACUAUUUGAGUCCAGGCUCCAUCACAAGUUUUCGGUAUAAAGAUGAAGAAUCUUCUUUUUGGGGUUAUUCUUGGGCUUCUUGCUGUUGUCCACUCAACACCUGUUAAUGCUGUGACCCAGGAUGAUUUUUAUCGAGAGGCUGUGACGGAUGGGUUCCUCAUCGCUAACCCUUCUCUAAAUUUACUCACAACUGAAUCACCCAAAAGAAAUGCAACUGUUCAAGCAACCCGGCAGCCGUCCUCUGAGUCCAAAGAGAGUGACAUUCCUGAGGGCAAUGGAGACAGCAAUACACAAAGCUCUACCUCCACCAUGUUGCCAACGUACACUGAGGACUACAGCUCAGGUUCAUCUACCAUGCCAAAUGAAGUCAAUCCCAAAGAAAGCGACAUAUGGGAGGGCAGUGGUUUGGGGGACACCAAUGACAAAACCACAACCACAGUGUCGCCAAGGCACAUGGAGGAAUCCAGUUCAGAUUCAUCUACCAUCCAGAGUCCUCAGCCUGGUUUUAUGUCUUCAUCAGUGCCAAAUGAAGUCCAGCCCAAAGAGAGCGACAAAUGGGAAAGCAGAGGUUUGGGGGAAACCAAUGAAAAGACCACAGCCACAGUGUUGCCAAAGCACACUGAUUACUCCAGUUCAGAUUCAUCAACAAACAAACAGAUACAAGAAUCAAAAUUGAAACAAAGCUGGCGUCACAAUCCUGACUUAGAUAAAUUGAAUGUCAAUCCUACAUCAGCCAUGAAUAAAGGACACACAACACCAGGUUGGAUCAUCAUUGUUGGUUUUAUUGUUGGUGUUGCAGCACUGGUAAUUGUCUGCGUUGCCAUCGCUACCCGAGACAAAUGGAAUGCACCAAGCCAAGCAUCCCAGCUAGAGACCAAAACUAACUCCGCAAACCAGCAGAGGGAGCUAGAGAUGGAGACAUUCCUACAUAAAGACAAGCCCAGGGAGAAUGGGAAGGCAGCAGAGUACACAGUCAUCCCCCUGGAUGAGCUUUCAGAGAAAUAUCCAUCACACUGAAGUUCAGAAACAGACUCUCUGGAGUCUUGAUACUCAUCGUGGAACCACAAGACUGUGUUUGAAGCAGAUGAAUUUGAUGAGGAACAAAACUGUCGGGGCUGUUGAUCUAAAAGUUUCUGUGGACCUCUACAGCUCCGGGCACUGUUUGAAAAUGAAUAAUGGUCUGGUUUUUCCAUCUGAAUUUCAAAAACUCUUAUCAUAACUUUACUUUUACUUACAGCAAUAUUUUGGUUGAUGUAUUUAUUUCCAUAUCAGCUAUUUUAUUAACUGUAAAAUUCAAAAGUUGCUGGGUAAGAAACACAAAUGCCGUUUAUUUCAUACACAGCUGAAAAUAGUGUUUCAUUUUCUGUUUUCUUGUCAUUGUAAAUAAUAUUUGUAAUAAUACUCACCGUUUUGUUAGUGUACAGUCUGGUGAACAGGUUCUUUUUUAAAUGUCUUUGUUGUAAUAUUAUUUCAAAUCUCUAUAUAAUAAUAUUAUUGAAGACUUUGUUGUGGAUUGUAACUUAUAUUAAGAUGUUCUGUUUUCAUCAAUGUGGAAGCUCUGUACUGAAUAGUGCUCACCCCACUACCUACACAGCACUUCAGCUGUUUCAACAUGCAUUUACUGAAUGUUCAUAAUGCUGUAUCAUUCCCACCCUCCUCUGAGAAAUAAACACAACAGCAGCUCAUCAAUAAACAUUUAUUUUUUUCCAUU